AUGAACUGCGAGGUGAAGCAUGCGCUACACUGCGCCGUACUAGUGGCGUGGAUCGUAUGUUUCGCCUACUUCUGCGGCGUCUUCACCGAGCCGGCGGAAGGAACUGUACCCGAAAGUCCUGUUGCCAGCUAUGGACUCGUCUGGACCAUCUGUUUGUACUUGCUUCGAUUCACUGCUCUUCUCGUUCUGCCGCAAUGUCUUUGCAAUCUUUGUGGGUUAAUGAUGUUCAAUGCGUUCAGAGAAAAGGUACAAUUGAAAGCUGCUCCUCUUCUGUCACCAUUUGUCUGCUUCCGAGUCGUCACUAAAGGAAACUUUCCGCUUCUCGUCAAGGAGAACAUCGAUGCGAACAUGAAGACGUGCUUCGAAGCCGGUAUGGAGAACUUCAUAUUCGAAGUUGUCACCGAUAAAGCCAUCAAUCUGCCACCAAAUCCGAGAGUCAGAGAAGUUGUCGUUCCAACUGCUUACAGAACAAAAAGCGGAGCAAAGUUCAAGGCCCGCGCUCUUCAAUACUGCCUGGAAGAUGAUGUGAACAUUCUGCAGCCAACUGAUUGGAUCGUGCAUCUUGAUGAGGAAACUUUGCUGACUACAAACGCCAUCUGUGGAAUUCUGAACUUUUGUGAAGACGGAAAACAUCAAUUCGGACAAGGCGUCAUCACUUAUGCAAACGGAGACAUUGUAAAUUGGUUGACGACUCUCAGUGAUUCGUUCAGAGUUGCCGAUGAUAUGGGAAAGCUCCGGUUCCAGUUCAAACUCUUCCACAAACCACUUUUCGGAUGGAAAGGCUCAUACGUUGUGACGCAGGUGGAAGCGGAAAGAGACGUUUCUUAUGAUCAUGGAAUGGAAGGAUCUAUCGCUGAGGAUUGUUUCUUCUCGAUGGUCGCAAUGAAGCACGGUUACACUUUUGAUUUUAUUGAAGGAGAAAUGCACGAGAAAAGUCCAUUCACAAUGUGGGAUUUUUUACAACAACGGAAGCGCUGGUUGCAAGGAAUUCUCCUCACUGUUCACUCAUCGAAAAUUGCCGUUGUGCAUAAAGCACUUCUGGCACUUUCCCUAUACGCCUGGGCAACGAUGCCACUGACAUCACUGCAAGUGUUCCUUUGCCCACUUUUCCCAUUGCCAAGGUGUCUUCCGUUCGACUUUCUACUCUCGUUCGUUGGAGCUCUGAAUCUCUACAUGUACAUCUUCGGAGUUGUAAAGUCGUUCUCCCAUAAGUACCGUAACAGUUUUCUACGACUUGGAAUGUAUUUGGCUGGAGCUCUAAUGACGAUUCCAUUUAAUAUUCUUAUUGAGAACGCAGCUGUUCUUGUAGGAAUGUUUGGGAGGAAAGACCAAUUUUAUAUCGUCAACAAAGAUAUUCAAACUGUAUAA